AUGGCGACCACGCCAAUAGGCGGUCGCCUCCCUAACGUUAUUCGAAAAGGUUUACCGAUAGCGGGAGGAUCUUCGACGGACGAAAGAUCGGCGACCCUACGGAGAAGCAGCAGGGACCUGCAGGCCGGCCGUGAGAGAGGCGGUGGAGCCGGUGGAGGCGGUGGAUCCGGUGCAGCGGGAGCCAUCGAGAACCUGCGGAGACAGAAACCGGCGCGAGGCACAGUGGCUGCGAUUCUCGCCGAAGCUGACCGAGACCAGGACGACCAAGACGGGGAAGCGACGGACUGUUCCCGAGACAGAGACGCGGAUUGCAACAAAGGUAAAAGCAAAACCAAGGAAAAGGAGAGAUACAAAGGCAAAGAAAAAGAUAAGGAAAAGGAGAAGGACAAGGACAAGGACAAAGAGUCGCAAACAGCUGAUCGCGCCGGUGACGCGGACAGCGAACAACAGCUGCGACAAACCUGA